AUGACAAACAAUGGUCUAAUGACCUAUUUUCUGGGCAUUCAAGUGCAACAAAAUUCAAAUGGAAUAUCUUUAUCACAAGAAAAGUAUAGUCGAGAGCUUCUUGAAAAGUUUGGGAUGGGCAAUUGUGGUGUGGUUACUACUCCAGUGAUGCCUAAUCAUCAGUUAUCCAUAGAAGAAGAUGGAGCAGAAGUUGAUGCAACACAAUACAAAAGGCUGAUUGGAAGUUUGAGAUAUCUCACAAUGACGAGGCCAGACAUUGAAUAUGGAGUACGUCUCUUGAGUCGAUAUAUGGAGGCACCAAAGAAGUCUCAUUGGCAAGCAACCAAAAGAAUUCUGAGGUAUGUGAAAGGAACUCUGACCAUGGGAUUGCAUUAUGUCUGUGGUGUAAAAUUUAAAUUAAUUGGAUACUCAGAUAGUGAGUGGGGCAGAGAUCCAUUGGAGAGGAAGAGUACUACUGGAUAUGUAUUUUUUGGUGGAUCAGCAGCCUUCUCUUGGACGUCAAAUAAGCAAAGUAUUAUAGCCUUAUCCUCAUGUGAUGCAGAAUACGUGGCUUUAGCAUCUACAGUUUGUGAAGCCAUUUGGCUGAAAAACUUGCUCAUUGCCCUCAAACAUCCAUAG